AUGAAGCGGCGGAUAAGUGUUGGCGAUGAAUGUUUUAGUGCCACGGUGCCCAAGAACAAGGCUAGGACUAAAACGGAACAGACUGUUCCGCGCAUCUCUUGGAAGGGAUGUGAAGUCUUACCAGUCAACGUCAGUGAAACUGUCUCCUUCGGAGAGGAAAUGACACGUGCGAAUGACUCCCCUCCUUCGGAGGUGCUGUCAUGCUCUGUUUCUGGGAUGGUUCUCGAGAACCAGGAACAAUCGGCCUUCGGUUUUUCUUCAUGGGGACACGAUUGUUGCGAGAUGAUUCAACGCGGUGCCGGGGUCUCGGUCCCCAUCGCAAAAGAUCUUGUACAGGGCGCAACCGCCAAUUCAAACUUACUUAGAGUAGAGAUUAGUGCGCCGUGGGAUCAGCUGGAUUCCGCACCACCUUCAAGCAUGUCCCCGUCGCCCUCGACGGGACCUUCAUGCCAACUCCCGACCCUUUUGGAUGCAGGCCUCAACCGCGCCCCACUACACGUAGCGCCCGCACCUCUUUUGCUGUUCAUCACGACAAUCCCGGACCCCUUGCAGGGGUCAGUUUGGCGCCGAAGUUUCGAUGGUUUUGUUGGUGGAAAAAGAGUGGUUAAUAUUAUGGAAGAUAGUAAGGCUGGAGCUCGCGGAAAUAGCGGGACACAGCCUAGCUUGAAACCAGCCUCACAUCCGGCAGCAAAUGACUCGCUCAAAAUUUGCAGCGCCGCGAAAAUGCCUCAGCAAUGGGCCGCAGCAGGCCUAGUAGGCGUCUCGCGCUGCUACGCUGCAAUCAUUCCCAAAGCAACGACUGUUGGUCGAUGUUGGUUGAUGGAUUGA